GAUAGGCUUCCCAAAGUGACAAACGAUCCACGGGCACUAUGACCCAGCAAACAGUCUGGACCAUCAUGGAGACAUCAGUUGAUGUCACAGACUGUAUAAAAAGCACCUCUUCGUGGUUCGCCUCGUCAGUCACCCUCUGCGGGGGUCCGAGCCGGAGGCACGCGUCUGGAGAGCAUUUCACCUUCCAUGCGGAUUAUGUCCCUCACGCGUUGGAAGGGCAACGCAUCAUCACCGUGCGCAGUCACGAUGAAGAGUGGUGAACUAUCCCCGCAGGGUGUGGAUUACAAGUGAAAUAAUUCGUGCCAUGGCGUUAAGGAGGCGACUUUCCUCGAAUUCUAACCUCAAGUGUGGGACGGUGGACAGAAUAUGAGCCAAGAGUUACUGGAGAAGUGAUGGAGGGCGCCGGACAAGUCGAGCCCACCCAGUUGCCGGCGAACGCCUCCAACAUCAGCCAGCCUGAGGAUGCGUCUGAGGUGGUUUGGAGCGCGCACAGCCUCGCCUACCAGAUCACCUUGGCGUCGCUCCUUUCCGCCAUCACGUUGGCCAUCAGUCUGUCCAACGCCUUCGUCAUCGCCACCAUCUCCCAGUCCAAGAAGCUCCAGACGCCUGCCAACUUCCUCAUCGCCUCGUUGGCAGUCACCGACCUGCUGGUGUCCAUCCUUGUGAUGCCCGUGUGCGUCCUCUACACGGUCACCCACGAGUGGACGCUAGGCCAGGUGGUGUGCGACAUUUGGCUGUCGUCGGACAUCACCUGCUGCACGGCGUCCAUUCUCCACCUGUGCGUCAUCGCCUUGGAUCGCUACUGGGCCAUCACGGAUGCGGUGGAGUACUCCAAAAAGCGCACGCCGGGGCGCGCGGCCGGUAUGGUGGCCACCGCCUGGGUGAUCGCCAUCUCCAUCUCGCUGCCACCGCUCUUCUGGAGGCAGGUCAAGGCGGACGAGUUGACCAGCUGCAGCGUCAACACGGACCACAUCUUCUACACCAUUUACUCCACCUUCGGCGCCUUUUACAUCCCCACCCUGCUGCUCAUCGUUCUCUACGGUCGCAUCUACGUGGAGGCGCGCAAACGCAUCCUCAAGCAGUCCCCCAAGAAGAAAAAGAGGGUCGCGGGCAAGAGGCUCACUUCGGCGUACUUGACCACGGGCUCCCCCGGCUCGAACGCAUCCACUAGCCCCCUGCAGGGCGGCAGACACGACGCGCCGUCCAGCGACACCAACUCGUCCACUAGCGACAACCAGGUGAAGGUGACUCUGUCGGACGCGGCUCUGGAGAAAAAGCGCAUUUCAGCGGCGAGGGAAAGGAAGGCCACCAAGACACUGGGCAUCAUUCUGGGCGCGUACAUCGUGUGCUGGCUGCCCUUCUUCAUCUACACGCUGGUGGUGGCCGCAUGCGACGCCUGCGUCAUCCAAGAGCUCUUUGACUUCUUCACCUGGCUUGGCUAUAUGAACUCGCUCACCAACCCCAUCAUAUACACCAUGUCCAACGAGGACUUCAAGAAAGCUUUCCACAAACUGAUUCGCUUCAGAUGCUGCAGAGGGUGAUCCUUUAAAUGAUUUUUCAUGAUUACGAAUGUGAAUAAGCAGAUGCCAUAAAUUACAGUUCAAAGCCAUGGCUUAUAUUGAAUAUGUCAUUGAUUGCCUAACCUACAGGGGAAAUCUGGAUUUAAUAAUAAAAAAAAUAUGUGGUCAU